UUAACAUAUUUAGGCAAAAGAAAUGGACUGUUAUCAGGAUUAUUCAUCUGCAUGUGCAUUUUGCCUCAAGCCAGCUGGGCUUUUUUGUGUCGUUUCAGUGACAGUCGUUUUAAGUUUCAGGCUCGGUUGUUUUGCUUCCUCUUGAGGCCGCCAUUAUUUUGUACACAACCGAGAAUAAUAUCAGAUUGAGAGCUGUGUCGCGAAUUUAUUUUAAAAGCGUUUAAACACUUCUUGGAGAUACUGGUUUUGAAUUUAAAACUGGUUGUCCUGAAGUGAAGUGUAGUAAACCUGCGUUUAACAGCGCUAAAGAAUGCUCCGAGGCUGAAAACACCGCGAAAAUCCGAAACGCCGCCUCAGCUGCUGUAGCUGCUCUUCCAUUCGUUCAUUCAGUGCUGACCAACUGUUGCAUGCACAUGACAAGAAAUCCCAGAUGUCUCAGUUUUAUAGGAGAAACGACUCCAGCGACGGAUCCAUGAUGAGCUAUGCGGAAAAGCCUGAAGAUAUCACGAAGGAGGAAUGGAUGGAGAAACUGAAUAAUGUGCACAUCCAAAGAGCAGAUAUGAACCGCCUCAUCAUGAACUAUUUAGUAACUGAGGGUUUUAAGGAAGCCGCAGAGAAGUUCCGGAUGGAGUCAGGCAUUGAGCCCAGUGUGGAUCUGGACUCACUGGAUGAGAGGAUAAAGAUCAGGGAGAUGAUUCUGAAAGGGCAGAUUCAGGAAGCCAUCUCUCUCAUUAACAGCCUUCAUCCAGAACUCUUGGACACCAACCGAUAUCUGUACUUCCAUCUUCAGCAGCAGCAUUUGAUUGAGCUGAUCCGCCUGCGGGAGACGGAGGCUGCGCUGGAGUUUGCACAGUCGCAGCUGGCUGAACAAGGUGAGGAGAGCAGAGAGUGUCUGACUGAGAUGGAGAGAACUCUGGCUCUGCUUGCUUUUGACAACCCUGAAGAGUCACCUUUCGGAGACCUUCUUAACAUGAUGCAGCGACAGAAGGUUUGGAGUGAGGUAAACCAGGCGGUACUCGACUAUGAGAACAGGGAGUCAACACCAAAACUGGCCAAGCUGCUGAAGCUCUUGUUAUGGGCACAGAAUGAACUUGACCAGAAAAAAGUCAAAUACCCCAAAAUGACAGACCUUAGUAAGGGCACAAUUGAAGACCCCAAGUAAGAACUGGCAACAACAUGGACAUCUGUGCUAUACUGUAACAUUUCCCCCUAUUUAUAAACAGUCAGUGAACGGACUAAUAUAUACAAUGAACACGAGCUAGCAAUUUGUUUGCAUAUCAUACAAGGGAAUUAACUUUACUGUAUAUUGUAUUAUAUUUUGAAAGCAGAUAUGCUAAUCAAAGUAAAUAUAUCAGAAAUUAAUUUAGCUGGACGCCCAUCUUCUGAAUGAAAAAUAAUUCUAUACUAUAGACCUCUUUUAUUUACAAAUAUCCACCUCAUCUUGUUUUUAAAUACUGGCAUUUUAUGUUCUGUUUGGUAACUUUUUUUUUUUUUUUUAAUUUGACAUUCAUUCAGUGCUUUUAUGCCUAAACUAGAAGGGUAAAAUCAGCUAAGGGUUGUUAUUAGGGGUGUAACGAUCAGACAAUUUGGAUAAAUGCAUUGAUUUAAAGGCAACGGCUGAGAUGAAUCGAGGCAACAGUUAUUGUUGUUAUUAAAAUUGAAUAGAAAUCAAUUAUUAAAACGACAGACAGUUGGUGUGUAAAAAAAAAAAUUCAUAUUUUUAAACUGAUGUGUAAAUAAGCUAGCAAGGUGAUUUGCUCAUAACACUGAUACUUAAAACAGUCCCUUUGUACCUCGGCGUCAUUCGCAAAUUAAAGGUAGGCUUACUCCAGGCUCUGAACAAAGUUGGUCACAUACUGAUGAGAGGUUACUAAAUCGAAUCUUAUUGUAGCAUAUUCAGUGGCAUCAACAAAUAUCUAAUCAUAGCCUGAAGAAUCAACAUCAUAUUGUAUUAUGUGGAAGCCUGACGUUUACACCCCUAGUUAUGAGAGUGUUAAGCGUAAAAUUCAUUUUCUAUAUGAAAAGGUUCCUGGAUUGUUCCACUCUGGAAAUCAACACUUAAGUUGUCUGAGUUUGUGCUUUUUACAGUUGGUGUGUUGUUGAUAGGGACAUGGUCUUCUGGUUUGUCCUGUUGAUGCUGUGCCUUGUAUUUGUUGGCUAGAUUAAGGUGUGUGUGUGUGUGUGUGUGUGUGUGUGUGUGUGUGUGUGUGUGUGUGUGAGAGAGAGAGAGAGAGAGAGAGAGAGAGAGAGAAUGAUACUAGCCUUGUAUUUUCACUUGGAAUGGAAAUGAGACUGCUCAUAUGGUGAGCAAAGGAAAAUGUAUAUUUCAAGCAGGUGAAUGGGGGCAGGUUUUUUCUUUUUUUUUCUUUUUUUUUUUAAAGAUUUUCACAACAUAAGCUAUUUUUUAUUUUAAAUUUAUGUAUUUUUAAAUGCCUGGAGAAUUUGCUACAUCACCAUUUUUAUUUUAGAUUUUGUACAUGCUACUGAAGUUUAUAGUUUAUUUAUAGUUGUAAUUUUGUUAUUAUUUAUUCAACAAUGCAUUCUUCAACCUCUCCUGUUUUUAAAUUCAAAAU